AUGUCUGACGACAGUGGCCGCCCGCCGAGUACUGCAAACGAACCAGUGGCCCAGCGCCGGGUUCUCAACCCCUUCGUGACCCGCACUAAUGCAUUCGACACCAUCCCAGACAAGCUGAAAGUGGCACUGAUGACGGUGUUCGUAGUGCCACUGCGGUUGGUGGGCCUGUGUCUGUGCGUGCUUAUAGGCUGGGUGUUCGCUUCAAUCAGCCUCUUGGGCAUCGCAGAAGAUCACCGAGACAAACCUCUGCGCGGCUGGAGAUGCAUUAUGCGCGGCCUGCACGCGCUGAACGCCCGCGCAGCCUUCUACCUGAGCGGCUUUGUGGUGCGCGUCCGCGGCACCCUGUCCCCCGAAGCACCCGUGCUGGUGGCGGCGCCGCACUCCUCCUUCGUGGACGCGAUCGUGCUGUUCUGCUCCGGUCUGCCGUCCAUCAUCUGCCGCAGCGAGACCAUCGAGCUGCCUUUCCUGGGCACGAUGACCGACUACACGCAGCCGGUGUAUGUGCGCCGGGAGGACCCCGACUCCCGACAGAACACCAUCAGGGAGAUCCAGCGGCGCGCGCGCAGCCGCGGCCACUGGCCGCAGAUGCUGCUCUUCCCCGAGGGCACCUGCACGAACCGCUCGUGUCUGGUUCAGUUCAAACCGGGUGCCUUCUACCCAGGCGUGCCCGUUCAGCCGGUUUUGGUGCGCUAUCCGAACCGUUGCGAUACGGUAACGUGGACGUGGGAAGGACCGAGUGCGUGGGUAGUGCUCUGGCUGACGCUGACUCAGGUCGUCACCUUCUGCGAGAUCGAGUACCUGCCCGUGUACGUGCCGAGCGAAGAGGAGAAGGAGAACCCGCGCCUGUUCGCGAGUAACGUUCGUGCGAGGAUGGCGGAGGCGCUGGGCGUUCCGGUGGUCGACUACACGUUCGACGACUGUCGCCUGAUGAGCAGAGCCUGCUCCUGGGGCCUGCCCUGCGAGACGGGACUCGUGGAGGCGACCAAACUGAUGCACGAGCUCGGCAUCACCAUAGACACCGUGGAAGCCGAGAUGGACCGCUUCGCCAGCAUCGCGCGGAAGGAGGACGGCCUGAUCAGGAUGAGUGACUUUGCCGCCCACCUGGCCAUCCCCACCUCCGUGCCGCAGCUGAUUGAGGUCUUCAACCUCUACGACAGCAACGGCGACGGCGUGGUCGACUUCCGCGAGUACCUGGUGGCCGUCACCCGCCUGGUCCGGCCGAUCAACACCGAGGAGACCAUCAGCCUCGCCUUCCGCAGGAUGGACGUCGGCGAGAAGGGUCACGUGACGCGCCGUGACGUCACCAGGGCCAUGGACAUCGUGUUCGACAUGACCGAACAGGAGGGGAGCAAGCUCUUCGACCAGGUGGAGAAACAGAACGAGUACUGCAUUACGUUUGUGGAGUUUCGCGAGUGUUUGCAAAAGCAUCCAGAGUAUGCCGUAUUUUUCACGGCGUGGUUUGAGAAUCUGAAACAAUCCCUUCAAAUAUAA